GCGCUGCGGAACAAUCGCGACUUGGACCUACUGCAGGUGGCCGAGAUUGUGAAUGGCAAAGCUGUGCCCAGGGCUGUUUGCGGCAUCUUGCGGACCAGGCUGCGCCUUGCAGAGGAGGAGGAACCGAUACCUGCAAUGGUUACUCUAUUCUACAGAGCCCGCGACUAUUUGAAUGCAGAGUUUUGGGAG